CUCUCUCUCUCUCUUCUUUCUCUCUCUAUAAAGAAAAAAUAAAACCCCUAUUUGAAGCACAAAAUUCCCCUCUCAUUUUGCCGCCAUCACUUCUCCUUUCUCUCUCGUUCAAAGUUUCUGCAAAAAAAAACAAAACCCUCCAAAAUUAAAUCUCCUUUUCUCUCUCACUUUACCAAUUGCUUGUGUUUUUUUUGGCUUAAAUCAAAAUGGGUUUCUCGAAGAAACACCAAAUUGAAGUGGGCAAAGAAUCAGAAGUCAAGAAAUGGGUUAUCGCCGGAAUAGCAAUCCGGUCGCCGUUGAAACCCAUAUCUACAAAGCCCAGAGAAGACGACGACGACGGCGGCGAAGAUUUUGCACGCGCGGCGGGUUCCACAACCCCGACGGCGCGUGAGUCGAAGCUGCCGGAAAAGCUGUCGUGUCCGCCGGCGCCGAGGAAGCGCCGCCCCGCUUCAACUUGCCAUGUUAACGGAGCUAUAGAGUUCUUCAUUCCUCCAGAUUUGGAAUCAGUGUUCAUCUGCCAUGCUGGGCGAGCCAAUUGAUUAAAAAAAAAUUAAAAAAAAAAAAAAAAAAUUAGAUUUUUAUUUCCUCUUUGUAUUUGUUAUUAGUUUUUUUAGUGGGUCCCAUUAGAUUUUGUUUUGUCAGUGUUUAGUGGUAGUGUUUAGGGUUAAGUGGGAUGUAUAAAUACACUAAUUAUUAGUAUGGAUUUUUAUUUUCUAAGAUCAAA